AUCGAUUCUCUUUCAGUUCUGCAGCAUUCCAUCCAUCAACGGCUGGCACUUUCAUCUCUCAAUAUGCCUAGUCAAACGAGGAAGACCCAUUUCCGUAUCAUACAACAGUUUAAGACCGACUAUGCACCAGUUUCCAUCUCCCAAUAUGUAUCUGAACGCACAGGGAUGCACGUUGUGGUUGCCGAUCAGAAAGGACCUAAGGUCUCAGGGUAUUUUGCCCUAGCAACUGAGAUCUUUGACGAUUCUGGAUCUCCCCACACACUCGAACACUUGGUAUUCAUGGGUUCUAAGAGCUAUCAAUACAAGGGCCUGCUCGAUAGACUUGCAUCACGGGCAUACUCGAAUACCAAUGCAUGGACCGCUACGGACCACACUGCCUACACGUUGGAUACCGCUGGCUGGGAAGGCUUUGCCCAAAUCCUUCCUGUUUAUUUGGAACAUGUUAUCCUUCCAACCUUGACUGACGAAGGAUGUUAUACUGAAGUUCAUCACAUAGAUGGCGAAGGCAAUGAUGCGGGUGUUGUCUAUUCCGAGAUGCAGGGUGUUCAAAAUACUGGAUCUGAAAUCAUGGACAUCAGAGCUCGACGCUUACUUUACCCUGAGAAUGUUGGGUUCCGUUACGAGACGGGAGGCAUGAUGGAGAAUCUGCGAGUCUUAACGGCAGAGAGGAUUCGUGCUUUCCAUAAGGAAAUGUACCAACCCAAAAAUUUGUGUUUGGUCCUAGUUGGUGAGGUCGAUGAAGACAAUCUUUUCCAGAUCUUGGAUCAAUUCGAAGAUUCUAUUUUGGAUUCUAUCCCUUCACCAGAUUCUCAGUUCAAGAGACCAUGGGUGGAAUCUCCACAGCCGCCUUCGUUGAAAGAAACCAUCGUUGAGUUAAUUCCCUUUCCAGAGGAAGAUGAAUCGAUGGGCGAAAUCACUAUUGCUAUGUUCGGCCCUGACUGUAAUGACGUUGUUGAGACCGCUGCCUUGACCAUCCUCCUCACCUAUCUUGCGGGAUCGUCUGUUUCAGUUCUUGAAAAUAUCAUGGUAGAGAAAGAAGAGCUUGCAAGUGCGAUCUAUCACAAUUGGGAUGCGAGACCGAACUCGGUCAUAUGGUUCCAGCCAUCUGGAGUAGCGACUGAAAAACUUGCUGAUGUUGAAAAGCGGUUGUUUGAGAUUCUCAAAGAUGUUGCAGCAAAGCCUCUAGACAUGAAGUACAUGCUCGAUUGUAUUCAGAGAGAGCGCAGACAGGUGAAGUUCCAAGCGGAGAGCUCUGGAAGCUUCUAUGCCGACGGGAUAAUCAAUGACUUUCUCUUUGGAAAGCGGGAUGGCUCAACGCUGAAGGAUCUCAGCAGCAUCGCGGAAUUUGAUGAAUUGGAGAAAUGGACAGAUGAGCAAUGGAGAGCCUUUUUGAGAAAGUGGAUUUCAGAUGCGCAUCAUAUCUCCUUAUUAGGUACACCUUCAAAGGACCUAUCAGAGAAGAUGAAAGCAUCUGAGGAGAAGCGGCUUGCGGCGAGACGCGAUGAGUUAGGACCUGAUGGUCUUGCAAAGCUAGGUGAGAAGCUCAAGGCAGCUGUCGCAAAGAAUGACAUCGAGAUCCCCGCAUCCCUUCUUCAGAAAUGGCCAGUCCCCGGUGUAGAAUCGAUACAUUUUAUCGAAACUACAAGUGCUAGGUCCGGUCUCGCCAAGAAGCUAGGCACGCCAUCGAACAAUAUCCAGAAGAUCGUCGAGCAGACAUCGAACCUUCCACUCUUCCUCCAGUUCGAGCACGUGCCAACUAAUUUUGUACACCUUACUAUGCUUAUCGGAACUUCCAAGAUCGCAACUGAGCAUCGUCCACUUCUUCCGCUAUUUAUGGACAAUUUCUUCAAUACUCCCAUUAUGCGGGGAGGGAAGAAAAUCGAGUUUGAAGAGGUGGUAACGCUAUUAGAGCAAGAUACAGUCAGUUAUAGUAUGAACGGUGGGGGCCGUCUCAGCGAUGCAGAGGGUCUUGUGAUACAAUUUCAAGUCGAACCGGAGAAGUACGCAGCUGCUAUAGAGUGGAUUAGAACCUUGAUGUUUGACAGCAUCUUUGAUGUGACAAGACUCAAGGCUGGAACUUCCAAGGCAUUGGCUGAGAUCCCAGAGACAAAGCGAAGUGGCAACAGCAUGAUGUAUGCUGUAGACGCCAUGAUCCAUCUGGACAAGGAUUCAAGCAUUAAAGCCAGAGGUACCCUCGUCAAAGCAAAUUACCUCAAACGGCUCAAGAAGCUCCUUGCCAACGAGCCCGAAGUCGUCAUUGGCUGGCUCGAGGCACUGCGAACGUCGAUCUUCACGUUCGACAACAUGCGUACCCUCGUAAUUGCGAACAUCGAGAAGCUGCCCAACCCAGUCGAUGCGUGGAAGCCACUGGUCGCUGGUCUCGAUACCACAAAGCCAUUACUUCCGCUCGUCAAGCUUAACCAACGCUUGAGCCCCGACGGCCAGACACCAGGAAACUAUGGCGCCGUCGUAGUGCCUAUGCCCACCAUCGACUCCUCGUUUCUCCUCUCCUCCGCUAAGGGACCAAAGUCCCACACCGAUCCCGUUCUACCUGCUCUCAUGGUCGCUACCUCCUUCAUUGAUCAAGUGGAAGGCCCGAUUUGGAACGCGGUUCGUGGCACAGGUCUCGCGUACGGCGCCAGUUUUAGACGUGAUCCUGAUGGUGGCUUCGUUCAAUUCAGCGUAUAUCGCUCUCCCGAUGCGUAUCGAGCCUUUAUUGCUGCAAAGGGCGUUCUAGAUUCAUACAUCAAUGGAACGGCAAAGUUCGAGCAAUAUGCCUUGGAAGGCGCAGUCAGCCAAAUCGUCACAGGUCUUGCGGAUGACCAGUCCACGAUGGCCGCAGCCGGACAAUUCCACUUUGUGGAUAGUGUCGUAAAGGAAGUUACGGAUGACUAUAACGAGAAGCUGUUGAAACAGGUUCGUGCCGUUACUGUUGAUGAGAUUAAGGCAGUCAUGAGCAAUGUCCUUCUGCCACUUUUCGCUCCAGGCAAGGCGAAUGUGGUUGUUACUUGUGCGCCAAUUAUGGUUGAGGGAAUCGUCAAAGGCUUUACAGAUACAGGUUUCAAAGCCCAGUCUCAGCCCCUGUCUGCCUUCCAAGAAAGCUAUGGUCUUGAGGCGGAUGAGGAUGAAGAUGAGGAGAUGGAGGAUGUUGAAGAGGAGGGAGAUAGCGAGGAGGAAGAUGAAGAUGAAGACGAUGAGUGA